GUUUUCCAGACUAACAGCUGCUAACUCAUAAUAAAUAGACUGACUGCAGAGCGACAUUCACAAGUCAAACGUCGCUUCAUCUCAUCUACCAGAAGCUCAUUAAGUAUCUGAUCACCGAACAACAUGAGCAGAUCUACAGAUUGGGUUCCUUCCUUGUGGAAGGACACUUUCGAGGAAUUGUUGUACGAUGACAAUGAGCUGGACUAUGGAGACCAGUGGAGUCUUAACUUUAACUACAGCCAGACAAACAUCGUCACCAAAGAGGAGAGGAAAAGAGGCUGGAAGAUCUACAGCCACUGUGCCUAUGGACAUUUUCAGUGUGCGUCCUGCAACAAGAUCUGGCCUUCAGCACGGGUGGUGGUGUUGUUCCGUUACCGGCUGCGGGGUGACCGUGGGACAGUCAUCAUGCGGCCCUUUGGACAGGCCUGUCGCCGUUGCCAAGACGAUGAGUUUGACCUCCCUGGUUUUUCCAAGAAAGAGGUGGAAGAAGCCUUGCUUAGGCUAUUUAGAAAAAUCCGGAAGAAUUGCUACGAAGAUGAGGAUGACGAGGACGACGAUGAUGGCUCAUCAGCAAGCUCUACCAAAGUUUGGACCAAACCUCAUGAGGCGACCCUGUGUGAGGCCUGCAUUAUGGGCAUCUGCUGUCAGGAUGAUUAGAAGUGUGUUCGUGUGUGUGUGUGUGUGUGUGUGUGUGUGUGUGUGUGUGUGUGUGUGUGUGUGUGUGUGUGUGUG